AAAGAUUCAGGAUAUCAGCUUAAACAAGAUGAUCCCUCCGCCUUGAAGGAAAUCAUUCAACAAGUCCAGGUUGAAAUAAGUAAGAAGGAUCCGAAGAGUUUUGGUUUUCGUACAAAAUUCAUGAUUGAAACAAUCAUGAAUUUAAAAAAUAAUCGCCUAAAACAGCAAUCUUUAGUUGUAAAUACGGAAUGUAUAUUAAGAAUGAAGAAAUUCCUUGCAAAUUUAGGCAAGAGGAUUCAUGUUCAGAUGACUGAAGCAUUGAGAGUUAGUCUUGAUGAUAUUAGGUCAAUUGACACUAAAGGCAAAUGGUGGCUUGUUGGUUCGUCGAGCACUGCUAAUGUGACUGAUAGUCAAAUCACAUAUCUAACCCGUCAUCCGGAAAGUAGUUCUGUUUCUGAAGCUUUUUUAAACUUGGCUAAACAACAAAAAAUGAAUACCGAUGUUCGAAGAUGCAUUUUUGUAGUUUUAAUGAGUAGUGAGGACUAUAUUGAUGCAUUCGAGAGACUAUUGAAACUUGGUUUAAAGGAAGUUCAAGCGCGAGAAAUCCCUCGAGUUUUACUUCACUGCUGCGGCAAUGAAAAUACACCUAAUCCAUACUAUUCUCUAAUUGCGCAACGUCUUUGUGAUUACGACCACAGUUUUAAAGUAACUUUCAAAUACUGUCUGUGGGACUUUCUCAGAGAAUGUGGUGAAGGUGAUGUUGGUGGGAUAGGUGAAACAAUGAACAACAUACCUGAAAAUAAUUCAUCAGAAAAAAUUUCACUAAGAAGGAUUGUUAAUUUAGCAAAGCUUUUUGCUUGGUUAAUUGUGAAUGGAGGAUUGUCUAUUAUAAUUUUAAAGACUGUCACUUUCACUAAAUUGCAGUCUCAAAGCCGUUUAUUUUUCCAACUCCUUUUUUCGAACAUUAUUUUAAUUCAAAAUGCUAAUGGACGUAAGCCUAAAUUACUCGCCAAAAUUUUUAUAAAUGCGGUCCAUAAUCCAAUAUUGGCGCAAGAAAUGAUGUUUUUUUUACACCAUUUUGUUAAAACGGGAGAUAUUUUAAAAGAAGAAGAGAAAGAAACAGUUGAGUGGGGAUGCGAUAUUGUUAAAAAA